UUUACUCACCGCGUCCACCGUUUCUCAGUUCUCUCACCGUCUGUUUUUUUACUUCUUCACAAAGCAAACAAAAAGUCUCAAUAAAAAAAAAGAUUGAAAAUCGUGUUUUACAUAAAAGAAAAUAACUCUCGAAAUUCACCGGUGUGCACGCUCGAUUUGAGUUAAGCUUGAGAAUGGGCUUGAUGAAUAUAACCCUGUAAGGCUCUUUUAGUCUGAAUGGGCUGCUUUCAUUCUACCGUAAGAAAACCGGCUCCUGGACAUGAGAACCCGAUAAUACUUGCUUCUCAAACAGCUUUUAGUGUCAGUGAAGUUGAAGCUCUGUUUGAGCUAUUCAAGAGCAUAAGCAGUUCUGUAAUCGAUGAUGGAUUAAUUAAUAAGGAAGAAUUCCAAUUAGCUUUGUUCAAAAACCGAAAGAAAGAGAAUCUUUUUGCAAACAGGAUAUUCGACCUCUUCGAUGUGAAGCAUAGGGGGGUUAUCGAUUUUGGCGACUUUGUUAGAGCAAUGAACGUUUUUCAUCCCAACGCCCCUCAAGAAGACAAGAUUAGUUUUUCUUUCAAGCUUUAUGAUAUGGACGGGACAGGAUUCAUAGAGCGUCACGAGGUUAAGCAAAUGUUGAUUGCGCUUUUAUGUGAGUCUGAGUUGAAGCUCGCUGAUGAAACCAUUGAGACAAUACUCGAUAAGACAUUUUUAGAAGCGGAUGUUGACCAGGACGGGAAAAUAGACAAAUCAGAAUGGCACAAUUUUGUCACCCAAAACCCUUCCUUGCUCAAGAUCAUGACUCUUCCAUAUUUAAGGGACAUAACAACAACUUUCCCGAGUUUCGUGUUCAAUUCUGAAGUUGAGGAGAUCGCGACAUGAAGAGAACAUAUUAGAAGUUGCGUCGUUAGUUCUUUUGAUCAGUUUAUGUGUUGAAGAUUGAUGAGAUUGUGCCUUCUUAUUUUAAGCCCUGUUUUGGUUUGGCUUUCUUGAGAAGAAACAUCAAUAGGGUUGAUAUUGCUCAAGAGUUUUUUUUUUUUUUUUUUUUUUUGCUUAAUAUCAAAUCGUGAUCGGUGUUUCAGAAGUUGUUGAUUCGAUCUGUUUAGAUGUUAAUGAUUGAUCGAAGAAAUGAUAUCAUGUAAAUGAUGUUCGAUCAGAUUUAUCAUCUUUGAUUUUAUUAUAAACUAGUUUUUAUACC